AUGGGGGUCGGUCAACGGAUCCCGAUUCCCUCAGCGGUCAGGCGGGCCUCAUGCCUCAUCCCCUAACCGAACAGGAGUAGCCACGGACUCCGACACUCCGUUCAACCCCCCUGCCUUUUUGCUCUCCUGUUCACCCCUUGUGCCCGCGCUCUCUCGUGGCGACGACUUGCGCGACCGCCGCCAACGCCAGGCACCUAGGUCUUCGUCGGUCCUUUCUUCAGAGACGAGCACCCAACAGUUCAAAUGUGAGUUUGAGUGCUAAAUGUAAGGCAAACUGCAGCAGGAUUUUGUUGCUGUGUUAUGUACAUGCACUUACUGAAGUGCCCUUAACGACUGUCUUUAUGCAAUAUGCUUAUGGGGCUACAAGAUUGGUUUUGAUGGAUUAUGACAAGUCUAGAAGAAGUAACUCCAAGAAGAGGACACAUUCCAAUUCUGAUGACGGAAAGAGAAAACGGUUAAACACUAGGCAUGAUGACACAUCUAUGUUCUCUGAGCCAAUUGAAACCAUCUACAGGAUAUUGUGCCCGGUAAAAAAGAUAGGCAGUGUCUUGGGAAGAGGUGGUGACAUUGUUAAGGCCCUUAGAGAGGAAACUAAAGCCAAGAUAAGGGUUGCUGAUUCCAUUCCUGGUGCAGAUGAGAGAGUAAUUAUCAUCUUCAAUUACCAAAAUGAGCCUGAACCGACUGAUGAAGCAGCUGAAGAAAAAAAUAGUGAUGGCUUAGGGAACUUCAAAUCCCAUUGCUUUGCCCAAGAUGCGUUAUUGAAGAUACAUGAUAAGAUUGUGUCUGAUGAAAUUCAUGAUGAAGUCGCCAAUGAUGAAAAGUCUGAAAGUGCAGAUGAUGUGACUGCUCGAAUUUUGGUUCAAGGCAAUCAAGUUGGCUGCCUUCUAGGAAAAGGUGGCUCCAUUAUACAGCAACUACGAAGUAAUACUGGUGCUGGAAUCCGUGUCUUGCCAUCUGAAAACCUUCCCCAGUGUGCACUUAAAAGUGAUGAACUGGUGCAGAUAUCUGGAGCACCUUCCCUUGUAAGAAAAGCUCUAUAUGAAAUAUCUACUCGUCUCCAUCAGCAUCCUCGUAAGGAAAAUAGACCUCUUGAAGAAAUAAUAGAUGCAAGCACACAAAGGAAACGUGAAUCUCCAACACUACAACAUGAAUAUUCAAUGUUGCCGCACCUGCAUAGUGAUCAUACACCUCCAAUACCCCUGCUUGAUCCAUAUAGAAGUGGACCACAAUAUCCUGUUACUGAAACUGAAGAGUUCUCUAUCAGAAUUCUGUGUGCUUCUGAGCUCAUUGGUUCAGUUAUUGGGAAAAGUGGGGCCAAUGUUAGGCGUGUAGAGCAGCAGACUGGUGCUCGCAUUAAAGUUCAAGAGAUCGACAAAGAUGCUUCUGGAGAAAGGCUGAUCAUUAUUUCAUCUAAUGAGAUACCAGCUGAACCAAUAUCCCCAGCAAUUGAGGCACUCAUUUUGCUCCAUGAUAAAGUUAGUGCACCCUCUGAGAAACACCAUUCAAGUACAAGGCUUGUUGUACCAUCAAGCAAAGUUGGCUGUAUUAUUGGGGAAGGUGGAAAAGUGAUUACUGACAUGAGAAGACGAACUGGGGCUGAAAUUCGAGUUUACUCAAAGGCAGAUAAACCAAAAUACUUGUCUUUUGAUGAUGAACUUGUGCAGGUUGCUGGGCCUCCAACUAUUGCAAGAGGAGCCCUCACAGAAAUUGCUUCGAGGCUUAGAACUAGGACUUUGAGAGAUACAAGUACCGCCAAUAAUCCUCCACCUUUUGCCCCUUUUGAUGAUCCUCCUGUUGAUAUGCCUAGCAGAAAGUUGUCACUAUAUGGAGGGCCUGCCACUGAUCCACCGUAUGGAAGGCCUGCCAAUGAUCCACUGUAUGGAAGGCCUGCCAUUGAUCCACCAUUCGGAAGACCUACCAAUGAUCGACCAUAUGGAAGGACUGCUGUUGCUCCCCCAUUUGGAAGACCUGCCAACGAUCCACCAUAUGGAAGGCCUACCAACGAUCCACCAUAUGGACGACCUUCCGGUAGUAUACCAUAUGGAAGACCAAACGGAAGUGCACCUCGUGAGCCUUCCGAUGCAUAUCCUGUAGACUACUUUUCUAAAAGAGAAUAUCCUAGUGGAAGUCCUAUGUUUACUAGUAAUGCCCCAUCAGCUGCUUAUGAGAGAUAUGCAGCACCCACACGCUUUCCUACUAGAGAAUUUCCCUCUGCUUUCAGUCCUGGUGUAGAUCAUAUGCCUCAUCAUUCCUAUCGUGACCAUGUGCCUACUGAUAGCUACUCUAGUAGGGGUACACAGCAAUUAGGCAUCACAAGAGGUGGAAAUUCAGAUGCUUAUGACUAUACCGAGGCUGCUGGACAAAUUCAUGGACGUGAGGAUUACAGAGAACCGACAAGUGCUACCGGAAGGUUCUUGAGCACUAUUGAACUAAGGAUUCCAAAUAGUUCUUUGGGGUCUAUCGUCGGUGCUGGUGGGGUCAAUCUAGCAGAGAUCCGUCAGGUUUCUGGUGCAAGACUGAGGCUACAUGAGGCUCAUGCUGGUUCUUCUGAGUCUGUGGUGGAGAUCCAGGGCACACUGGACCAAGCAAAAGCUGCCCAGAGCCUCCUGCAAGGCUUUAUUAGUGCAAACAGCCGGCAGCAACAGCAGCCCUAUUCUUCUCGCAUGCCACUUUACCCAAGCUGGGGAUAGCUUCUGGUCUCAUGGUCGUGUCAGAGGAAAACAGAGUCAGCAGGGUUUGUCAUGUGGCUGUAGAUCUCGGACUGCAGAUUAGCUGUAGCGAUGAUGUUGUUGAAGGAGGCUGUUUAACAGUGCAAGCAAGAUAACUUAUACUUAUGCCUUAGGACAAGUAAUAUUGUUUUCCUCUGAUGAAAUACUUGGUAACGAUCUGUCUCUGUAUUUUUAUAUUUGAUUCUGAAUGCUUUGAACCCUAGUGUUACAAAAGCUGCUAUUUUGAGGUCA